GUCGAAGUGACGUCAAGAAGACAGCUCAACAUGUGUUGUCGCUAAACACGACGCUGACUCAACGAAUGUACGAGUUAAAAGCACUGGUUUGGAUUGUAUUGACAGCUUACAUCGUCACAGCUGUUACAGGAGACAACAGAGCCGAAGAUACGAACGUCAUUCGCUAUGUCUCAAAAACUGAUGACGUCAGAACGGAUCAACCUACGUCAAAGCCACUUAAGAAUACUGUCAUUGUUGGGGACAAUGAAGCGCGGGAAAAUACCAAAUAUGUUUCAUUACAUGUAAACAAAUCAGCGACAAAACAAACAGAAAAUUACAGGACAAACUUUUCAGUAAAAGCACAACUUUUGUUUCCGAAACAUAAACAUGGCCGAAAUAGAACACUGAUCAACAGCCGAACGUUGCGUAGUUGUUGCCAUAGGAACGCUUUGAGAACUUUUAUAACUAAGAGUUUACACAACAGUAAACCAGACGAACACGAACAAAAUAACGACGCUGAAACGCACCAAACAAGAGAAACAUCAACAAAUUUAAAUAGUAGGCACCUGCAGCUUAGCGAUGAAACUCAAACGGAUAACGACGUCGGGAGCAGGUCUCACGGGACCGGUCGUAGGAGGCGUUACGCCUACGAGGACAACUACGACAUGCAGUAUGACGAGCGGUUCGACUACGACGAUGACCCCGAGGAAACCAAGAAAUGGAAGAAAUACGCCAAAAACUGGGACAAGAUUGGCCUCCGUUUAAUCUACAUGGGAUCCACUGCCAUCAUGGUCACGUGCUUCUGUUGUGUAUGCUGCCGGAAGUGCUGUCAGCUCGCGUGCGACUCCUGUUGUCACUGUUUCUAUAACUGUUUUGACAGGAUUCGCUGUAGGGAUCCAAUGUACCGUAAAAUAAAGAACAUGUGUGACAGGCUUGAUAUAAAGAUGGAUUACGCAACCUACAAAAACCUAAAGCAAGGCUACACUCAGGACUUGGCCGAGCAGGGGUUCCAGUUCAAUUUAUAGGCGUCAAGGUCACGGCAUAGAGUUCAAGGUCAGCACACUUCUGGACUCGGCUACAUUACACUUUAAUAUGACAAUUAUAAACUUUGGAUAUAUUUCUAUCACGGAUGUUGUCUUAAAAUCAGAACGUAAACACAAUGUGCUCAAAACUACCACCACCAGGAAUAUGACGUGAUAGACUUUCACUUAACAUAGCUUUUCUCCCAAAUCUCUGUUUCACCUGGUUAUUUAUAUUCAAUUCUAUUAAAAUCAAACAGAAAUUAAAGGCAGGACAAAC